AUUGUUGAAACUCGAUUGAAGAAUUGUGUGGAAACUUCGAGACUUGAAAGUACUGAUUUGGGUCAUCAAGUUUUGUAAUCUUAAUUUUACAGAAAUAUUCAUUCAAGUCCGUCCUGCAAGAGCUAAUUGUGAUCACUAAAGUGUUGGGACCACAAAAUAUCGAAAUAAAUCCGAUAUCAGUCGUUUAUCGAUUAUCAGAGACCGACGAAAUAUUUAGGGAGCUGCUGAAUCAGACUGAGUUGAACGGUGUGGUGAGAGCAUUUCAAGUAUAAUGGCAAGUGGCGAUGGAGGCAACGGGGGAGAGGAGUGGCCAAAGGACUUUAAGAAGGCCCAAGGAACUCUAAAUGAGGUGCUUCAUUUUGCUGUUGAGAAUACGCCAGCAAAUGAGGACCGGGAACCAGAGACUAGAGAACCACUCACAGAAGAGAAAAAGGAAUUUCUAAACAAAGUCUUCAAUGAUAUGCUGAGAGAUGAGGUGAAGGAGAUGAAGGAACAUAUCGAGGUCUUGAAGCGAAUACAGGACUCGGAGACGGAAGAGGACCAGGAGGAGAAAGAAGAACGUUUAGAAGCCCUCUUAGAUCUAUGUGAGACCAUUGAUAAUGCACAAGAUUUCCUAAAAGUGGGCGGAGUCAGUGUUGCCAUGGUGCUAUGUCGUGACCCCAGUUCAGAGGUCAGAUGGCGAGCGUUGGACUUAUUAGCUAUGACUGUCCAGAACAACCCUUUUAAUCAGAAUGCUAUGGUUGAACAGGACGCCCUCAAACUCUUCAUUGAAUUACUAGACAACGAUAGAGCAUAUCAAGUUAGGGUCAAGGCACUUUACGCCAUUUCAUGUUUGGUACGAGAGAAUGAAUUAGCUCAAGAUGCACUGGUAAAAGAAGAUGGUUUUUCAUCCAUGAUGCGAGCUAUGCAGAGUGAUAUAGAGAAGUUACAGAUCAAAGCUGCUUUCUUAUUAAGUGCACUCCUAUGGGAACAACCAAAGUUCAAUGAAGCUUUACAUAGUAUGGGUAUGGUACAGCAGCUAAUCUCACUCCUUCUCCAAACAGAACACAAACUCUAUCAUGAGCAUGUUAUGUCUGCUAUCCUCCAUCUUGUAUCCCAGCAUGCCGGGUGCCGCGCCGACUCGUUGAUCCCAGAUCUGAACUUCCGAGGGUUUCUUGAGGAGCGCAUGAAGGAGCUCAAUGGAAAAGAAGAGUAUUUGGAGGAACUUGAAUAUUGUCAAAAGCUAACGGCCCUCUAUGCAGCAGAAGCACAGAAUGACAAUGGAGCAGACAGAUGACCUUUCACUUAUGAACUUUGACCUUUGCAUUGCUGCUCGACGCUUGAUAAGAACUUAAUACCCAACUCAAGAGUCACCAGUUUACUGAGAUAAAUGGGAAAAAAAUCAUGGAGUUCAAAAGUACACAGAACACACAGGAUUUUAUGGACAACAUUAUUUUUCAGAGUAGAAAAACUGAGUAACAAAAAAUACAAAAAAUACAAAAAAAUGAAAUCAGAAUCCAAUUUUGAAAAAUUGUGCAUAAGUACAAAAUCUGCCUAUCAAAUGAUUUCACAAUAUUUAGCUUGUGUUUGCCUAGCAUUAUCUGCAUGGAAUCUUAUGUUCUUCUAAGAAUUUCACUAUUUGCAAAAUUGCUUUAUCAUGGGUUUUGUACGUGACUCCGAAGAAGUCAGAAAGUGAGGUAUAGAACACUGAAGAAUACGGACUUGGCAUUUUAGGAAACAGAAACUUGGGUCUCUACCUCACUCACACUAAAGGUGGAGCUUGCAGGAAUACAGUUUUAAUAUGAAUAGAUAAACUAUUUUGCCACAUAGGAAGUCCACUCUUAAUAAUCUGGCUGUAGUCUAAGACAAUUCCUGCCAAAUGUUUGUGGUAUUUUAUUUUUGCAAAUUUCCUCAAAUAAAUUGUUGUAUGUUAUGAUUCAUUUAGGAAAAACUUCAAAUUAUGAAAGAGAAAAUAAAUCUAUUCAUUUGGACUUACUUUUUAUGAAAUAGAGAACAGUUUCACGUCUGAUCUGGGACGCUUCUUCAGCUUGUCUGAAGAAAUUUCAUGAAUCAUUUUUUGUGAAAAUUUUACACAUGGCUAUUUGCUUAAAGGUAAAUGCUAGUUUUGGUAACGAUAUCAAAAUCAGUUCGUACAGAAUCCAAUAAAAUGACCACCAAAGUGUCUGUUUGUAUAAAUAAAACGCAUGGGCCAAAGGAUUCUGGAAGAAAUUGUGUAAUUGCUGAGAAAUCAGCAAAUAAGCACAGGAUUCGGGUAGAGCGUCGGGCCCGACGCUCAAAGCAAUAAUUAUACACAGUCCCACGUGCGCUUAUCUGUGUUGGGGAAGUUCAGUCUGAACAUUUUUCAGCGUAGAUUUCAAGAUUUCACAAAGUUCAGUUUAUGUAACUGUACCAGAUCUAGAUCCUCGAUGAUAUACUGACAAUUAAGCCUGGUUUUACAGACUUUCUCAUGAAAUCAGUGUUUACUGCAACUACUGGAAUUUCUCUUUAAAUGGAAACAUCACAAAAGUAAAGAAAAAAAUUACCCGUCCUGAACCUCCCAAAACAGUCCACUACCGCAAAAAUAUCUGCAUGGGAAUUUUGAAAUGUAUGAUGUAUACAGUAAUGCUUAGUCUUCCAAGAGGUGAAUACUGUUAAUAUUUUGACCUCAUAAGCAUAAGGAGUGGGCCCGAGGAUAAUAAAGGGGUAAUAGAGCAUGCUGUCAGUGAUUUUCACUGCCAAGUUUGCUCUGAGCCAAUCAGAUGCAAGGAUUUCAAUAGCUUAUAACAAAUAGUCAUUUGAAAUCACUGAAUAUGUUUCAUGAAAUGCACUGCAUGGCUAAGGACACAGCAUGAAAUCACAAUAUAGUAACUGAAGUGUCUGAAGUUUUUGUCUCGCCUGCAUAGCAGAGCGAGACUAGAGGCGCCGCUUUUCCGGCGGCGGCGGCGUCAACAUCAAAUCUUAACCUAAGGUUAAGUUUUUGAAAUGACAUCAUAACUUAGAAAGUAUAUGGACCUAGUUCAUGAAACUUGGACAUAAGGUUAAUCAAGUAUUACUAAACAUCCUGCCUGAGUUUCAGGUCACAUGACCAAGGUCAAAGGUCAUUUAGGGUCAAUGAACUUUGACCAUGUUGGGAGAAUUAUUUUCAAAAUCUUAACCGAAGGUUAAGUUUUUGAAAUGACAUCAUAACUUAGAAAGUAUAUGGACCUAGUUCAUGUAACUUAGGCAUAAGGUUAAUCAAGUAUUAGUGAACAUCCUGCUCGAGUUUCAGGUCACGUGACCAAGGUCAAAGGUCAUUUAGGGUCAAUGAACUUUGGUCAAGUUGGGGGUAUUUGUUGAAUUACUAUCAUAACUUUGAAAAUUUAUGGAUCUAGUUCAUGAAACUUGGACAUAAGGUUAAUCAAGUAUUAGCAAACAUCAUGUGCGAGUUUCAGGUCACAUGACCAUGGUCAAUGGUCAUUUAAGGUCAAUGAACUUUGGCCGUGUUGGGGGUAUUUGUUAAAUUACCAUCCUAACUCUGAAAGUUUACGGAUUUCGUUCAUAAAACUUGGACAUAAGAGUAAUCAAGUAUCACUGAACAUCCUGUACGAGUUUCAGGUCACAUGACCAUGGUCAAAGGUCAUUAAAGGUCAAUGAACUUUGGCCGUGUUGGGGGUAUUUGUUAAAUUACCAUCCUAACUCUGAAAGUUUAUGGAUCUAGUUCAUAAAACUUGGGAUAUAAGAGUAAUCAAGUAUCACUGAACAUCCCCUGUGAGUUUCAGGUCACAAAACCAAGGUCAAAGGUCAGUUAAGGUCAAUAAACUUAGGCCAUGUUGGGGUAAUUGUUGAAUUGCCAUCAUAACUUUGAAAGUUUAUAGAUAGAGUGAUUGAAAUGUGGACAUGGAUGUAGUUGACAAGUCUUAAGUCACCGUUCAAAUGUCAUUUAUGGUCAAUGAACGUGGUAUGUCAUUAUAUGAAUGGAGUUUUUGUGAAUGAUUAUUUUAUAGUAGUUUUCAAAGUUAGCACUGCUGCUAUAUUAAAUCGCGUAAUGCAGGCGAGACUGCCAGAGGCGUUCCACUUGUUAAGAUAAUUUAAUACUUUUACCCCUUUACAUUUAAACAAUUUAGUGUGUUUGAGGAAUGUUGAAACUGCAUUUAUAUGUGUGAUUCAUUAUUUAUAAUGAAUUAUCAGGAACUUCCAGACACAUGCAUUGAUGUAAUAAAAAAAUAAUACCUUGAUUUGAAAACAAAACAAAAAUGACUGAUGAUACAAAUAAUAAUCAUAUGCUUAUUGGUAUAGUAUUGGUAUAGUUAUUGGUAUGUAUAUUCUACUGGGCUGUAAUUAAGAGCUUAUGAAAUGCUUGAAAACAUAGUUAGAAAAGGUAAAGAAGAAUGUAUGGGGAUUAGUUGAAAAGACAAGUUUUCAGUCUAAGUUUGAAUGUUUCUAAUGAUGGAGAGGAUCUAAUUACAUAUGGCAAACCAUUCCAUCAUUUUGGGAGCUGUGCAGGCGAAAGCACGAUCUCCCAAAGUUAUCUUUGUAUUAUGAGUGGGGAUGUGAAGGAGCAAAUUAUCAUGAGAACUGCGUAGGUUGGGAGUGUGUCUGUGAACUUUUCUGGGUAAAAGCUCAGAAAUAUAGCUGGGGGCUUGGCAACUCAGACAAAUACAAUGUUUCAGCAGUCUACCAGGUACAUUAAAACCAACUCCGAGUAAAUACAGUGAGUAAUGAUAUGAAAGAAAUUGAAAUUAUAGAUCUAAUCAGUUCUAAUAGAACUUUAUUUAAAUAUAAAAAUAGCUCAAAAUAGAAUCUGCUGAAAACUGCAAAAAAAGGAAAAAUAUAAUUAGCAUGGACCUGUCUCCUGUACUGAGAGAUGCAAUGCAUAUUUCUGUGAGUGCUGAGCAGAUACUCUUUUUUUUUUACCAGAAUCGUGUUGCAAAUAUUUAUUUAUACAUUCUAGACAGUCAUUUUGUUCAUUUGAUUCUUUAAGAAUUCUUGUUUUAUUUACCAAAACUGGAAUGAAAUUGGUAAACAUUUUUUUAAUGCAAAUAAAUAUGCUUUAAAGCUAUUUGUACAAAUAUA